AUGCCUUUCACCGGAAUCGUAUCUGAUCUGUGGAAAACAUCAACUGCACUGGCGGAUAUUCGUCUCAGCGGCCUUGUACCUGACAUCCACGGGAAUGCUGAACAUACGAUAGCAGCUCUCGCAAAUCUGGCCGCUGCGAAUCCCAGCCACCAGACUCCAUAUCUGUCCGUCAUUCUUCCAUUGACACGUGAGCUGCAAGCUGCAAACCCGCACGACAAAAUCUUCUCAGUCCUUGGCAUGGCCGACCGAACAAACAUGCCCCCACUCCACUUGUCAUACAGCCUCCCUGUAUCUGAGGUGUACGCGCGAACGGCAAAAGCUAUGAUAGCCCAAGAACAGGGCCUCUCGGUCCUGUCUAGCGUUCGCGGGCCAGACCGGCAGGAUCGGAACUUGCCUUCCUGGGUACCUGAUUGGAAUCUUUCCCGGCCUGCUGCUUAUUUUCACGGAUACGACUGGCCCAACAUAACUCACCUGUACGACAUCAAUGAAGGCGCAAGCUUCCCGAAUGACAUCCCAGAUGAUCUUGGACCCGAAACCCACAUCCUGAAGCUGAGAGGUGCGAGGCUAGAUGUCAUAGCACACGUGUGUGACGGGAAAAGGCUUCUACUGGAGACUGCCACAUUGAAAGGAAAGACACACAAAAUAGCUGCCCGGUCCGCCAAUGGUGAAAUGAACCUGUUGCGGAAGGAACUUGAUAAGAUCCCCUUGAAACUCGGAUUUUCGCCCUUGGACACAUACAAGCAGACCCAAGAAGAAAUUAUCCAAGCUCUCGUGAGAACGCUUACUGCCGACCGAGGCGGAAUUGGGGGGGAAGGAGGGGGCAAAUGGUUCACUGACUCCAGGAAUUCCAGGCUCGUGGGCCUUAGUAUGAGGAUGCAGGUUCCUCUCGGGAGUCGUUGGCUCUGGGCCAUAAACGGGAACGAACCAAACCCUGACGUAACUCAGCAGAUGAGCGUAUUAACCAUUGCCAUGUGGACCUUCAUGGCGGGGAGGAAAAUAUUUAGAACACGCCGUGGGCUGAUUGGGAUCUCAGCUGAAGGCACCAAGACUAGAGACGAGGUGUGGGAUAUAAUUGGCGGGCAGGUCCCGUUUGUGCUGAGGUCGAAGAAGACGAGGAUCCGGGAGAAUCCAGGCACAGCAAGGACAGCAAGCUUACAAGUAGUCGGCGAAGCGUACGUUCAUGGGGUUAUGAAGGGUGAGCUUUGGAAGAGAGCGAAGGAGGAGGAGGGCAGCACGAAUUCUGAUGCUUUACACGGCGCUGCUCUUGAAUUUGUAGACCUGGAACUAAUUUGA